GUCUGCAGCUUUGGGCCCGAGUCAUUUCAUCGAUUUGCUGGUUCUGCUGUAUCGCCCUUUCCAUCAACCUCGACGUCCUCCCAGCGCUGCAUAUUAUGUCCGGCCGAAAAAUCAGAUCUGCGGAUGGUCUACUACAAGUCAUUCCUCCUCCAGGACACCCUGCGACGUUGCCAAAAGAAGGGGAGAAAAAUGUGUUGAUCACUUCUGCGCUGCCAUAUUGCAACAACGUUCCGCAUUUGGGGAACAUUAUCGGGAGUACUCUCAGUGCCGACGUUUUCAGCCGUUAUAACCGCACUAGAAAUAGAACAACGCUGUAUAUCUGUGGGACUGACGAGUACGGAACUGCUACGGAAACUCAAGCUUUGAAGGAAAAUAUCACCCCACGAGAGUUAUGUGACAAAUAUCAUCUUCUCCACAAAGAGACUUACGAGUGGUUUGACAUUGGAUUCGACUAUUUUGGACGCACUUCGACACCUUGGCAUACAGAAAUAUGUCAAACGAUAUACCGGAAUUUGGGAGCAAAUGGUUUCUUGGAGAAACAGGAUAAAGAGCAGAUUUACUGUGAGGGUUGCCCGAAGUUUUUGGCCGAUCGUUUUGUAGAAGGCAUCUGCCCACAUUGUGGCUAUGAGGAUGCUCGUGGUGAUCAGUGCGAUCUUUGCAGCCGGACGCUGGACGCCAUUGAAUUAAUCAAGCCUCGAUGCUUGGUCAAUAAAGAUCAUCGUGUAACGACACGAAUAUCGACUCAUAAUUACCUUAAAUUAGACCAGAUACAACCUCGAACAGAGGAAUGGAUCAAAAAAUCUUGGAAAGCAGGGAAAUGGUCCUCCAACUCAGUGAUCAACGGAGAUGGCGAACUCGUUGACGCGCGGGUGAAGGCUGGAUUACUCCCUACGCCCGUCACACGAGAUCUGAAAUGGGGCGUGCCUGUUCCAAUUGACUCGGCGGAAGAUAAAUCUAUGGAGGGGAAAGUUCUAUACGUAUGGUUCGAUGCCCCCAUAGGAUACCCGAGUAUCAGUGCCAACUACACACCAGAGUGGGAAAAAUGGUGGUUUAACCCGGAGAAUGUCCGUUUAUAUCAAUUUAUGGGUAAAGAUAAUGUGUACUUCCACACGGUCUACUUCCCUUCAGUUCAGCUUGGUGAUGGAAGGAAUUGGACAACCCUACACCACUUGUCAACAACUGAAUAUCUGAACUAUGAAGGUGGAAAGUUCUCGAAAAGCCGUAAUCGUGGCGUGUUUGGACCGGCUGCGAAGGAGACCGGUAUACCAUCCUCAGUCUGGAGGUAUUACCUCUUAUCGACAAGACCAGAGACAGCCGAUUCUAUGUUCUCAUGGUCGGAUUGUAUUGCUGCAAACAACAAUGUUUUGUUGAACAACUUCGGUAACUUUGUCAACCGAGUCCUCAAAUUCGUGUCGUCACAAUACAACAGUGUCAUUCCUGAAAGUGGUGACGAACCAGGCCCACUUUCGGUCAACGACGAACACGAUGCCGAGUUCAUCUCGGAUGUGAACGGAUUACUAAAGGACUACAUCGACGCCAUGGAAUCCGUGAAACUUCGUCUUGGUCUCCAAACCAUUAUGCUCAUCUCCAUCCGUGGCAACAGCUACUUGCAAUCCUCAGGCCUUGGUAAGGCUCUGAUGACUUCAGAUCCCAUACGUUGCGCAAAGGUCCUUUCUCGUGCCGUCAACCUUAUCUACGUCCUAUCCACUCUGGUGUAUCCUUACAUGCCUGCAACGACUGCCGACAUUCUCGAACAGCUCAACGCCCCGGCGAGAUCCGUUCCAGACACACUUUCAACCGAUAUCCUCGCUGGCCAUACUAUUGGCAAACCCGAGCAUCUGUUCAAAAAGAUUGACGAGGGUAUGGCUGAAAAAUUCCGGGCCCGAUUCGGGGGGCUGGAGAGCGCCACGAAGGCUGAGGCGUCAAAGCCCGCCGGUAAAAAAGGGAAAAGUAAGGUCCCACCGGUACCCGCUGCGGACAUACCAAAGACACCAGAAAUGUUGGCCGUGGAAGCAAAGAUAACAGAGCAAGGGGAUGUCGUUCGUACUUUAAAGAGUAAAACUCCCAAGACGAAGGAGCUGGACGCGGAGAUUAAGGCCGAAGUGGAUGUAUUGAAGAAGUUGAAGGGCGACUUGGCUAAAUUGCGGCAUCCUUGAAGCUCAAUAGAUUGUUAGUCUGCCGCCGUCAAGAGAAGUAUAUUAUUAGAUGUACAAAGCUCAUCGGUGUUGAUGUUAUUUUCAGAUACCAACCCUGUGCUUAGAUCUGUAGAAUAGCUAUACCGGAUAAACAUGGUUCCAUUUGACUUGGCCGAAUGUUUGUCUCUAGACACCAGGACUCAAGGCCUCAGGCCGGUAACCACCCGACUAGCACACGUUUGUUGCUGCGACUUCUCGAGGGGC